AUGGCCUUCGCGCCUCCUUCGUAUCAAGCUGCUGCGUACAGACAGCUGUGGGCGAUUGUUGCGCCGUAUGUGCACUUGUCUGACCUCUAUGCCACGUGUUUGGUGUGUCGGCAAUGGCAUCAGGUCUUUGCUCCGCUGCUCUGGGGUGCUCCUGCGUCGAGAUUUGGGAAUGAUAGCAAUUCCGUCUAUCUUUCACUGACCAGGUUCAAACGUCUGCUUGCUCGAGCAAGACUCGAUGUCCGACGUUUGGCACAUACACUCCAUAUCCCUCCAGCUCAACCAGAUUUCUACGAUGGGCCCCAAGCAGGAUGGCUCCGAGAUAUCCUGGAUCGACUACCUUCCCUCCAAGCGUUGAUCGUCUCGAACCUCGCCUUCUUCGACCACGAAGCACUGAAGACAAUCCAUCAAUGCACCGAAUCCACCAAGUAUCCUUUACGGCUUCUGAUCGCAGCGGACUGUCAAAAUACAACAGCAACGAGCCUAGCAUCAGCACUCUGCCAUUUCCCGGAUUUAAUUUACCUGGAUCUAUCUUCCUCGCAAGGAUCAAGGAGCCCGCUUGUUCUACGACAGAUUGGUACUCUCAAUGAACUUCGCAUCUUGAAGUUGCGGGACUGUGGGUUGAGGGAUGAUGAUAUUGAUUAUUUGGCGUUCACGCCCCGUCUGAGAAGUUUGGAUGUAAGCAAGAAUUACUUGACGGAACGAGGUCUCUCCAAGAUUAUCGACCGGCUACCACCGGCCAAUCUGCCGUACAGAAGGAGCGAGGCACCGUCAACUCUUUCUCGCCGGUAUUCUGGUGUGCCGUUGCCAACCAAAGUGCUCGCUGAUGGUUUGGAGGAUUAUGUUGCGAAACGACUGACCAGCGGACUUGAUGGACAUCUGAUAAUCGAGGAAGGUCUCCCAUCAACGUUCACACAUCUCUGGCUGGCUUCAAAUUAUAUCACCAUCGACGAGUUGAAUAAGCUGCUCAAUUAUCCAAGUCUGCAACAGUUGGACUGUGGGUCAUUGAACCUCAGUCAAAAACCAACUGAGCUGUUGUCUCCUUCCUCGCCAGCAGCACGUAGAUUUUCCCAUCCGCCCCCGGAAAUUGAAGUCCUCAGCCCUGCUCUUUUCACGCACGCAUUUCGAAACCUGAGAUCUCUGCGUAUACACCAUUCUGUGAUCACGAGUCAUCCCUUCUCUGGCCAGGAGGUUGUGGUUGAGCAGCAGUGUUUCGAGUUACAUAGUGAAGAUCUGCGAUAUGAACUUGAUUCGUCUGAAGUUUUCAAGCCGGGAACGAUAUUUGAGCUGGAUGAUACGAGUAUCAAUGUUCCUGAAAUGCUAGAUGAGUGCCUUGAUCCGUCGGAUCCUCCGCCAGAAGGACAUCACGCCACAUUCGAGUCUCCGGAAGAUGUUGGGGUUGAAGAGAUGCCAAGCUCGCCCAUCACUAUUGACAGAAAGACGAGCAAUAAAUUGAAAAGUCGCCCAGAAUCGCAGAGCAUCCCUCGCAAGCCCAUUCCACCCCGGCUCCCGGUCUCAGCACGCCACAACACACCUCUCAGGCGUGCCACUCUCCCCACAACAAACUCAGUCCCCACGGGCCCUGAAACAUUUCGCUAUAAUUACCGAUCAGGAGAAGAAAGACACUGGCAUGAAGCCCUCGCAAACCGGCAUAAACCUACAACCCUCAAAGACCUAAUCGAGGAAAUCACGCAACGACGCCACCGCACUGAAGCACGAGAACGAACCCCCGGCCGCUUCAAGCCCUCAAUGCUCCCCAACCUCAAAACUCUAACCUUGACAGACGUCCCAUCUACAACCCACCGUCGACACGUCCCCGACUCCCUUGCGUUGUUCAUCCAAGAAUGCGGCGAAGAAGAAGAGCUCGCCCGACUCGAGGAGCUGACCCACUACCAAGACGUCAAUCAAGCACCCCAAUGGCGCCUCUACACCGCAACCUCCCCCCUCGGUCUCCAAAGGCUCGUCCUCGAAAUGACAUCCCACGCCGAGCCGCUCGCACCUCCCCGCUCGCCACGCCACAAACGCGAAAGCUUCACGAAAUCCUCAACCGAAGAUCCAGACUCCGAACUAUUUAUGCAGGAAAGCCAGAGUGAUUUUUCAUUCUUCGGGGAAGAUGAUGGGGGGUUGCUUGUUUCUGAGGGGAGGAUCGAUCGCGCGAUUACUGUUGAUGGAGGGCUGAUUUGGGAGAGUGGGAGGGAGGCGCAUGCGCUGGAUGUAGUUGGGGAGUUGAGUGCGUGGCGGAGGGAGAAGAGGAGAGCUUUUGAGCGUGGAGGGCGAGUUGGGCGCGGUGUGGUUGAGAUCGCGUUGUUGGGGCAUUGGAGGGGGGAGAUUAAGGUUGUGAAGGAGGUGGUGCCUGGUUGUUAG